AUGGAGACCUCGUACGGCAAGGCUCUGAAAGAUGGUACCCAUAGUGAGGCUCAGAUGGAUAUUUUUGAGUACAUGUUUGGAUUUGCCGUCGAGAACGUCGCCAAUAACAGACUGAUGAUCACAAGCCCUUACGUCGUCGAAUGGAAGCCGGAGAUUCGCUCAAAUGGAUCUAUACGUCAAAUGGAUGCUAGUGCGCUGCUCGACCAUGAAAUUCUACAUGAAUUAACGCAUGCACUGUCGCAAGAUGAUACGGAUGACGUCAAUGGCAUGCGAAGCUAUGGUUGGAAACGUUCUACGGUGAUAGGUCAAACCCCUCACGAUGGGAAGAAUGCGGAAAACUAUGCCUAUUUCGGUCUUGGUAGGAGAGCCGCAUUUACCACGCAGAACUAG